AUGAAAACAAAACAAUUAGGAUAUAAUGAAAUUAUGAUAGUAUCAAUGUAUUUUAAUGAUAUUAAUGAUUUUAUUAAUUUAGAAUUAGGUGUUAAAAGAUUUAGAGGAAAUAUGGAACGAUUUCAUUUUAAUCCAAUUCCUUUAAAUGAAUAUUCAAGAAAAUUAUUUACUAAUAUUGAAACAUUUCAUAUUUAUAAUAAAUAUGAUGAAAUAUUUGAUGAUGGAAAAAUAUUUAAAGAAAUAAUAUGGUAUUUAAUAGAUUAUUCAACAUAUUUAAAAGAAAAAGAACAAGGAAAUGAAUGUAAAAUUAUUGAAUAUACACAAUAUGAUAGAGAAAAGUUUGGAGAUAAAAUACCUUCAGAAGUUAGUUCUCUUGGAGAUAACUGUUUUGAAGGGUAUGACUCUCUUAAAAUGGUAAUACCUUCUUCUGUAACAAAAAUUGGAAUGAAAUGUUUUAGUACAUCACAAGUAGAAGAUAUUUCAAUUAGUGAUACUGUUAUUUCUCUUGGAAAUGCGUGUUUCUCCUUCUGUACAAAUUUAAAAAAAAUUCAAUUACCAGAGAAUAUUUGUAUUAUCCCAAAUGAAUGUUUUGCAUGUUGUACAAAUCUUUUAAAUGUGAUAAUACCAUCUUCUGUCUCUUCACUUGGAAAUAAUGCCUUUUUAUUUUGUUCAUCAUUAUCAGAAUGUAAACUACCUAUUUCAUUAAGUUCUAUUCAGAAUAAUUGUUUUAAUGGUUCCACAUCAUUAACAUCACUUUCUUUACCAAGAAAUAUAUCCAACAUUGGAAUGAAAGUAUUAAAGGGAUGUUCUUCUCUCAAGAGUCUUAAUGUGCCUGAGCCAUAUUAUUUAUUUAAUAGAUUUGUAUUGUUCAAUAGAGAACUUAUAGGAAUCAAACUACCAACAAGCCUCAAAGAAAUCAAUCAUACUCAUAUCCAAUUUGAUUUACAUCAAAAUCAUUUUGAAAUUCCUUGUAGUUGUAUUUCAAUAGGAAGUUGUUGUUUUGCACAAUGUCACUCUUUGAAAAGUAUAACUAUUCACUCUAAUAUCACCACUAUCAAAGAUAGGGCAUUCUAUGAAUGUAAUAACUUGACAAGCAUAUUUCUUCCUAAUACAAUUCAAGAACUCAAUGAAUAUACAUUUGAUUCAUGUAUUUCACUAAGUUCUAUUCAUUUUCCUAAUAAACUAGAGAGAAUUAAAGAAAGAUGUUUUCAAGGCUGUCUUUCUCUGAAGCAGAUUGACAUCCCAACAACAGUAACUUUUAUAGGAGAUGAAGCUCUUCCAACUAAUGAUGAAUAA